AUGGAUCGGACUCACUACAUCAAUGAAGCAUCAUGGCAACUGCGUAAUACUGACUUUUACGCUGCACUCAACGAUGACCCAACAAAAAAGUACCACAAUGAACUCAAACAACUAAUUCAAUCUUUCCCUCCGGACAUCAGGAAACAACUCAGCACGACUAUCCCUGCAGAAAGCUGCCCCGGGACAUUUUAUAUGCUUCCUAACAUACACAAGCCAGGAAAUCCAGUACGACCAAUCGUUUCUAGCAUUGGAACUCUCACAGGACUUGUAUCAGGUUUUGUUGACGAUGUUCUGAAAACAUUUGCUACAUCGACACCUAGUUACUUACAGGACACCACAGACUUCCUGAACAAACUCAGUCAAUUUAGUAACCUACUGGACAACACGAUUCUGGUUACAAUGGAUGUCGCCUCGCUAUAUACAAAUAUCCCUCACGAGGAUGGUAUCCAAGCAAUCAAGAACAUACUACCUGAUAAUCUACUUACGGCAGCUACUACUGAACUUGCUCGAUUUGUUCUCGCUCACAAUUAUUUUGAGUUUAACAAUUCUCUAUACAAGCAGAUUUGUGGAACAGCUAUGGGAACAUGCAUGGCACCCCAAUACGCUAACCUCUUUAUGGCCAACCUGGAACAAAAUUUUCUAGCACACUCAUCAUCACCACUCGUUUAUUACCGCUACAUAGACGAUAUAUUUAUGAUCUGGACUGAUACUCUAGCCGAACUUGAAUUUCACAGAGGAUUAAAUAACGCCCAUCCCACCAUUAAACUCACCAUCGAACACUCUAACGAAGAAGUCCACUUUCUAGACACAACUGUCAGCUUCAGGGAAAAUCAAAACUUCAAUAUAUCGCAAACCCACCGACAAGUGCAGCUAUCUUAA